GAGAGCCGUUCCGUGAUCCAGUCCGCCAUGACACACUGGCAGAGGAACACCUGUGUGAGAUUCCGGCCCAGAAUGCAACACGACUUCGACUACGUCUUCUUCCAGAGAGGCAGAACAUGCUGUUCGUUUGUCGGUCGUACUGGGAACGGGAAACAGACGCUGUCGGUCGGGCCUGGUUGUGACAUGUUCGGGAUAGUUCUGCACGAGAUCGGGCACCUGAUCGGGUUCUGGCACGAGCACAGCCGACCGGACCGCGACGAGUUUGUGGACAUUCUGUACGAGAACGUGAAGGACGGAGAGAGACACAACUUCGAAAAACUCUGGAAGACACAGAUCAACUCCCUGGGCCAGCGGUACGACUACAUGUCCAUCAUGCACUACGGCUCUCGUUAUUUCACGAAGAACGGCCGCGAGACUUUGAGCCCGAGACAGAACAACGUCAUGAUCGGUCAGCGGACGGCGCUCAGUCAGAUGGACAUCGUGCAGGCGAACCUGCUCUACAAGUGCCACAGAGUAACAGACUGCGGAGGCACGAUAUUUGCGAACAGCGGGAACUUCACCUCCCCGAACUACCCGAACGAGCUGCCCUCCAACAUCGGCUGUGCCUGGAUAGUGACGUCAGAGGAGGGCAACACGCUCACGCUCAACGUCACUGACAUGGACCUGCAAGGUGCCGACGAAGACGGCGAAUGUCGCAACGAAUACAUCGAGAUCAGGGACGGCAUGGGUGAGCUGGCGCCUCUGAUUGGCCGUUUCUGUGGCAACGACACGCCCACCUCCAUCGCGUCCAGCGGGCGGAGCCUGUGGCUGCAGCUGGUGUCCCGCGGUCCGCCAGCGCCCCCUGUCGACGGGACAACGCACUACAGCGUGUCGAGAGGGUUUCUGGUCAAUUUUGAGCCGGGAGGGGUGUGCGAGCGGACCCUUACGGAGACGUCGGGCCGCAUCAAGAGUCCCUCCAACAUCGAGACGUCCCUGCAGGGUAUCGACUGCGCAUGGCAGAUAGUCGUGCCGGAGGGGUACUAUGUGGCGCUAACUAUAGAAGACGUCCAACUUCCAGGUUACGACAGGUCAGACCAGUGCCACCUGCACUUUGUGGAGGUUCAGGACGGGAACUCCACCGACUCCACCACCAUCAACCGACUGUGCCACUCCAGCCAGGGGGUGGGGCUCAUCUCCUCCGGAUCUCAGCUCAGGAUCAUCCUCAAGUCCAGCCCCAGUCUGCAGCACGCGUCCUUCUCAGCCUCCUACACCGCUAUCGACAUAGACGAGUGUAUGAGUGAUAACGGCGGAUGUCAGGAGGCGUGUCUGAACCUGGACGGAGGGUACGCAUGCGGCUGCUCUUACGGGUACGAGAUAGCUCCGGACGGGACUAGCUGUGUAGACAUAGACGAGUGUCUGACGAGCGACAACAAUGGCGGGUGUUCUCACCUGUGUGUGAACACGGAGGGCGGGUAUCACUGUGACUGUCCACAGGGCUUCACACUGGCACACAACAAGAGCACGUGCUACGAUAAUAACGAGUGUGCUGAGGUAGACCUGAUCCAGUGCGAGCACCGCUGCCUGAACACGGUGGGCGGGUACCGCUGCUCCUGUCAUGCAGGCAAAUUCUUCACAGAUAAUAACGAGUGUGCUGAGGUAGACCUGAUCCAGUGCGAGCACCGCUGCCUGAACACGGUGGGCGGGUACCGCUGCUCCUGUCAUGCCGGGUACGUGCUGGCCAUGGACGGCAAGAGGUGCGAAAAAAUCCCCGGGUGCGGCGGAAACCUGACUGACCUGGAGGCGUCCUUCAAGUCUCCGGAGCUGCCGGUAGAAAACCCGUACGACCUGGACUGUAUCUGGGAAAUCAUCGUGGAGGAAGAUCUACAGUUGUCACUCAGGAUUGCGCUUGAUCCGUGGGAGGACAACGACGUGUGCCGUGAGUACGUGACGCUACGGCAGGGCUCCAGCCCGGACUCCCGGGAGCUGAGACUGUGUGGGACCGGGGACGUGCCCGACAUGUACCGCACCCACUCCAACGUCGUCACGGUGCACUUCCGCUCAGCACCGCCCCACAUGGGAGGGUUCACGGUGGAGUACUUCACCACGGAGAAGAAACACCCCUGCGGAGGACUCGUCACUGGAGGAAAGACCAUCCUACAGUCGCCAGGGUUCCCCGACCACUACCCGAACCGUGUGGACUGCGUCUGGCGGAUUGUGAACAGGCGAGGCCGGCACGUCAGGCUGCGGUUCCGCGCCUUCGAGGUGGAGAAUCAGGAGGACUGUACGUUCGACUACCUGGCCAUCAUGGAGACCAGCAGACAGAGUCACAGGCUCAUCGGCAGGUUCUGUGGCAGUAAGCUUCCUCCGACGAUCGUGACGUCAGAAGGCGAUGAAUUAUGGGUAAAAUUCCAGUCGGACGGGACGGUGCAACGGCGAGGCUUCAGCGCGCUGGUGGAGGUGGAAUAACAACUCUCGUGGAUUCUCGCAGAUU